AUGGACGAAAAAAUGUACGACAUUCUGCUCCUUGGCAGUACGGGAUAUACUGGUCAAAUGGUUUUGGAAUACUUUUUAAAAAAAUACGAAGAGAAAAUAUGCAAUGGGGAUAUAAAACUUCUGUGCGCAGUGAGAAAUGUUAAUAAGUUAAAUGAUAUUUUGUUAAGUAUAAAAGAAAAGGAAAAUAUCACAAGUACUGAAAAGGUUUAUAAGAAAGAAUUUGAUGUGGGAAACUAUGAUUCGAUUGUAAGUUGUUGUAACUUGUGUAAGGUGGUUAUCAGCAUAGUAGGACCAUAUGCGACAUAUGGAUAUAAUAUAGUAAAAGCAUGUGUAGAAUCAAAUUGUCACUAUGUAGAUGUGUGUGGUGAACACACGUUUAUAUUGAAAAUAUACAAAGAGUUUAACGAAAUUGCAAAAAAGAAGAAACUAAAAAUUAUUCACAGUGCAUCGUUCAUUUCGGCUAUUAGUGAUUUAGGCACAUUUAUAAUUCAAGAGGAAUUUUUAAAAAGAUAUAAACAACCUUGCCCUUAUGUUCGAAUACGCUUAUCUGCGGAAGGACGUGAAUUAAGAACCAUUGGAAAAAGCACUAUAAAAAGUUUUUUGCAAUUUAAAAAAGAUGUUCAAAAUGGAUACAAUAAGCAUUACUUAUGUGAGAAUAAAUAUGACCAAGUGUUUAAUGAGGAGGUGAAUUCUUAUUUAAAUGAAAAAAUGAAAAAGGAAACUUCAUUUUUCGAUUAUGAAAAAGAAUUUGGAUACUGCUUUGGAACAAAUUAUUCACAAGCGGAAGAAGCUUACGUAUUAUGGUCAAACUAUUUGCUUAAUUACAAAUAUGGCAAGAAUUUAAUCAUAAGUUAUCAGCAGUAUGAUGCACAUUUGACAACUCCCAUGUAUAUUGUGAAGAAAUUUUCUGCAAUUGUUAAGAAUAUAUUUAGUAGCCUCGUAACGUUUGUAUUACAACCGUUUGGUAUUGGUAAUUAUUUGAUGGGUAAAUAUGUAGACUGGUUGCAUACGCCAAAGACAUCCCAUGAAUUGAGAAGAGCCUCUUGGUUGUGUACGAUUGUUGGGCAAUCUUACAGUUUGGACAACGUGAGUAAGGAUAUAGAUGUAGUAAAUAAUCAUACGGUGCAUACGAAAGGUAAUCUUAUUAAUCCUGAGCACGAUACAUAUGAAGAGAACAACAAGACGGAGAAAAAAAUAUUUCUCCAUUUAAGCGGAAAAAAUGAAGAUCCUGGAUAUCUCUUAAGUGCGAAAGUUAUAUCAGAGUCAGCACUUUCGUUAUUUGAAACGGGUAAAUUAUUACCGGACACUUUUGGAGUCAUUUCAGUUUCGGUUGGUCUUGGGCAAAUCAUUGUGGACAGGCUACGACAGUCUGAGCUUGGUAUGCGCAUUGAAUUGUCAUAG